CGAAAAAAACGCGUCUUGUGUGAAUGUAAUCAUAACAAAUUGUGAUUUUUAUUAAUAAAUGUGUUUAAAAUUGCAAAAAAACAGUGUAAUAACAUUAUUAACAUUAAAGUGUAUAAAAUACAUAUAAAAUUGUGUAUGAAAACAAAGUGAAAAUGGCUACAAAUAUGUAUCGUGUCGGAGACUAUGUCUAUGUAGAGACAUCUCCGAAUAGUCCAUAUCUAAUACGUCGCAUUGAAGAGUUAAAUAAAAGUCAAAGUGGUAGUGUUGAAGCCAAAGUAAUGUGCUUCUACAGAAGACGAGAUCUUCCAAAUACUUUGGUUCAAUUAGCUGAUAAACAUCAACUGGCCACAGCUGAAGACUCCCCACUGGCAAUGAAGUUGAAGAAAACAUGGCUUAGAACACCAGUAGGAGAAGAACAAGCGGCACAAGCUGUUCUUGAUCCUUCGAUAGCUGCCCUAGAUGAAGAACGUACAAGUCCUGUUUCGGCUGCCGGUGAUAAAGCAACAACGGGUCAUAAUGCUUCAUCAGGAGGAACAUCAGAAAAAGGUGAACCCUUAACAGCUAAGCAGCGUUAUCAAAUCAAACAUCGUGAACUGUUUUUGUCGCGACAAGUUGAAUCUUUACCCGCCACACAAAUAAGAGGCAAAUGUUCGGUGACACUGCUUAAUGAAACGGAAUCACUGCAAAGUUAUUUAAAUAAAGACGAUACCUUUUUCUAUUGUUUGGUCUUUGAUCCCACACAAAAAACACUAUUGGCCGAUAAAGGUGAAAUCCGUGUUGGUAGUCGUUAUCAAAGUGAAAUUCCCGCUAAGCUUAAAGACAUUACCACCGAUGAACGUAAAUUAGAAGAAUUAGAAACAUUAGUAUGGACUCCAAGUCAUGUACUGACAGAUCGAAAAAUCGAUCAGUUUUUGGUUGUAUCGCGUUCCAUUGGCACAUUUGCACGAGCUUUGGAUUGUAGUAGUUCGGUUAAACAGCCUUCAUUGCAUAUGUCAGCGGCAGCAGCAAGUCGUGAUAUUACUCUGUUUCAUGCCAUGGACACAUUGCACAAACAUAAUUAUUCCAUUGAAGAGGCAAUGUGUUCUUUAGUUCCUUCCACUGGUCCAGUUUUAUGUCGCGAUGAAAUCGAAGAUUGGAGCGCUUCUGAAGCGAAUCUAUUUGAAGAAGCGUUAGAUAAAUAUGGCAAGGAUUUCAAUGAUAUACGACAAGAUUUCCUGCCUUGGAAGACUUUAAAACAAAUAAUUGAAUAUUAUUACAUGUGGAAAACGACAGAUCGUUAUGUCCAACAGAAACGUGUUAAGGCUGUGGAAGCGGAACUAAAAUUGAAACAAGUAUAUAUACCGCAGUAUAACACUGCCACUCCAAAGGGUGGUAGUAUUGCUAGUGCAGCAGCAGUUACGAAAGGUGGUGUUUACAAUGGCACAACAAACGGAGGUCCGGAUGUCUCAAAUAUGGGCAAACCCUGUGAAUCUUGCUCAAAUAUUAAAUCAUCACAAUGGUACCCUUGGAAUAGUGGCAAUCUGCUCACACGUUUGUGUCAAACGUGUUGGGAUUACUGGAGAAAGUAUGGUGGUCUUAAGAGUAAAAAUGAUGGCAGCAUCGUAGAUGAUACUAAGAAAAAAGUGGUUGCAGAAGAAGAGGAAAAAGUUAGUGAUUUCUCAAAUCGUUCGUUGCAUAAGCAAUUCUAUAGGUGUUCAAUUGUUAAUUGUGGCAAAGAAUUUAAACUAAAAACGCAUCUUGCUCGCCAUUAUGCCCAAGCUCAUGGCAUAGCAAUUAGUUCAAGUUCACCCAGACCGAUAAUGAAGACACGCACGGCAUUUUAUUUGCACACGAAUCCAAUGACGCGACUGGCGCGCAUUAUGUGCAGAAAUUUUAUAAAGCCUAAAAAAGCUGCCCGACAAAGUUCAUAUGCAAUUAAUACGCAGCUGGUUAAGCAAGAAUUUACAACUCGCAUGUCUGGUAAAUCAGCUGCAGAUAUAAAGAACAUUUUGUUGCUGAAAAAGAAGGAUCGUGGUAGUGUUACUAAAAUAGCUAAUCGUUUGGGAUCUCCGGGCAUCGGACCACAUGAGUGGUUAGUUUUGACACCAAAAGAUAAAAUGCCAAAACCAGAUGUGGUUUAUUUUCCAAAGCCACCCAAAGGCCCUGACGGCAGUCUGCUAUACGAUCGUAUACCCAAUAAAAUUAUUGACCUGGAAAAGGAUAUAACAAUUAUACCAACACCAGUCCCCUCCGUAAUGCGUAAAAGACCUCAUGAAGAAACUCAACUAAAUGGAACAGAAGUGACUAUUGUGCCGGCUGGACCCCCUACCAAGAGACCCAAUAAAGAUCCUAUGCCUUCACAUUGUCCAAGUCCCGAACAAUUCGCUGCUAUGAUGGCUGCCUCCGGUCAACCAUUAUCAAGACAUCAUCUUAAUGGAAAACCGAAAAUUGCUCAAAUGGCGCGUACAGGUAAUGGCCGCAAGCAGGUUAUUAGUUGGAUGGAUGCACCAGAUGAUGUUUACUUUAGAGCUACAAAUGCCAGCAAAAAAGCGCGUAAAUUUUUAACACCUACAGAUUUGAGAAGGGCAGCUCGCAAACCCUGGCGCAAUAUUCCUAUAGCAACAGCUGUAAAACCUCAUAUACCCAGCAGAGCUAUUAAGUCAGAGGUUGUAAUAUUAGACUGACCGUCAUCAGCGGCAUCUUUAACAUCAAACACAUCAUCGUCAUCAUCUUUGAUUGAACAACCACAAUUUAAUAAGCAUUACCGCCAACAACUUCCAACUAUUAAACAACAUCAUCAAAAACAACAACAACCAUUUCGUUACACCAUGGAUGCACUGUUGAACUAAAAUGCAAAUAAUAAGAGUUCUAAACGAUGAAAUGUGGUAAAAGAUUAAUUAUUGCUUCAUUGUUUCUUUUUUAAUUCUUGUACAUAAAGUAAUUAUUAAUUAUAACAACUUAAGGAAA